AUGCGACAGCCGGUUCGGCAAUACUCUACAUACAGGAUGCUCCAUCUACAUACAGUACUUCGGCGGCAUUGCGCUUUUCGCACCAGAGACGGGGCUGUCAACGGACCGCCAAACGGUGCACCCCGUCCGUCUCGUCUGUUCCCAACCUCGGUCCUGUUGCCGACGCCCCCUCUCGGCAGCUUCAACACGCCCGCGUCGUCUUCGUUCGAGACGACGCUGUUGGUUCUUUCUCUCGUCUGCCAAAACCUUAAUCGCCCGCCCUACAGGUCACACCUACGUACUUACUUGGGCCGUGCCGUUACAGUGCCAUUACAGCGACAGACAUGCCACGAGGGCCUGGCCCGGCGCGGUGCCGGCUGGCGUGCCCUCUCCCGUCGUCGGCGGUGGCGCCGAACUCAGCGGCAGCAUUUGGUUUGCUGCCCGCGCAUGGCUUGUCCCGGGCCAAUCCGUGUGAACCGAGAGCCAAGUGUCAUGCCAGGGUCGAUGGCGGCGUGUCGGGCAUUGGCUCUUGAGUCUUUUGCGAUUGUUGUUUGGUCGACGACGCAUGUGUUCACCUUCUGCAUCCGUGGCUUGUUGGCCACCACCAAGCCCACUAUCACUCAAUCGCCUAUGCCUGCUUCACCGUCCGUCCGUCUCGCGACUCCUCCGCCUCUGCGUGUCUCUAAUCCCCUCUUGCCCGCUUCGGGCAGCGCCCACUUGUGCUCAGCCUCGUCUCCUUCUGUCUGGUGCUCCGCGAGGCAAAACUCUGUCUGCAAAAGGUACAGUCAGGACGAGGUACUAUACAUGCGGCGCAUCCUCGAAUCGCCACAACACUCAUCGCACAGCACACAACAACUGAAACCGUGUCCUUGCUUCACGCAUGUACGGAGUACUAUACAUACACAGGAGAGACGAAUACGUUGUAGCCCUGUCGCGAGCGACCGUGCCAUCCUGUGCCGUGUAACUCUCCCUCCGAAACUCCACCGCGACAACCACCUACCGUCGACGACACCGCAGGCGCGUGCGCGCCCCCUCGUCGCGAGGCUGUGCAGUCUUGGCGACGACGCCCGCGUCAAUGGGCAGUCAAUGGGCCGACACCCACCGCCAGGUGAGCGUAUUCAUCGCUCCUCAGCGUGGCGCUCAUGCCGCUUGCCCGUUUGCCUUCCAUUGUACUGUACCUGA